UUUCACCCUGGGAAAUUAGCAACAAAGCCCGAUCUGUCUCGUGGCUGCUUUGCACUUUCCGAGGGCGGUUGUACUUGACUGAGCAGCAGAACAGGCACACGAGAGCGAGCGAGCGAGCCAGCGAGGGAGGGAGCGAAGGGAAGGAGAGAAGAGGGGAGGGGUGGGGGCGAGAGGUAAAUAGUCUUAAAUCGGAAGGGAGCUGCUUCUCUGUGGUCUUGACAAGCGCUGCCUGGGCUCCGCCGGCUCAGUAAUAACUGAGUGACCUUUUCUUUGGCUGUAUUAUGUCUGGCUGGGAAGGGAUUGCAUUUUGCAGCUGAGAGCCGGGGCUUCCUUCAGCUCGGCUCCUCGCAUGCUGCUGGGAGAAGCGCUACAAAGCAGCCAGUGUGCUUACUGAACAGCCUCCCCCUGUAUCGCUUAAUUGAGAAGGUAUACAAAUGCUCUCAGUCCAGCCAGACACCAAGCCGAAAGGUUGUGCUGGCUGCAACCGAAAGAUCAAGGACCGGUAUCUUCUAAAGGCACUGGACAAAUACUGGCAUGAAGACUGCCUGAAGUGUGCUUGCUGUGACUGUCGUUUGGGAGAGGUGGGCUCCACCCUGUACACUAAAGCUAAUCUUAUCCUUUGUCGCAGAGACUAUCUGAGGCUCUUUGGUGUAACGGGAAACUGUGCUGCCUGUAGUAAGCUCAUCCCUGCCUUUGAGAUGGUGAUGCGUGCCAAGGACAAUGUUUACCACCUGGACUGUUUUGCAUGUCAGCUUUGUAAUCAGAGAUUUUGUGUGGGAGACAAAUUUUUCCUAAAGAAUAACAUGAUCCUUUGCCAGACGGACUACGAGGAAGGUUUAAUGAAAGAAGGUUACGCACCCCAGGUUCGCUGAUCUAUCAACAUCGCCCAUUAAGAAUACAAAAGCACUACAUUCUUUUAUCUUUUUUGCUCCACGUGUAUAUAAGAAUUGACACAGGAACCUACUGAAUAGCUUAGAUAUAGGGAAACAGGAUGGUUAUAUGGAAUGAAAGGCGGACUGCAUUUGUAUGUAGUGAAAUUGCCCCAGUUCAGAGUUGAAUGUUUAUUAUUAAAGAAAAAAGUAAUGUACAUAUUGCUGGAUUUUUUUGCUUGCUAUUCGUUUUUGUGUCACUUGGCAUGAGAUGUUUAUUUUGGACUAUUGUAUAUAAUGUAUUGUAAUAUUCGAAGCACAAAUGUAAUACAGUUUUAUUGUGUUACCAUUUGUGUUCUGUUUGCUUCUUUGUAUUGUUGCAUUUAGUACAAUCAGUGUUGAAACUUACUGUAUAUUUAUGCUUUCUGUAUCUACCAGCUAUUUUAAAUGAGCUGUAACUUUCUAGUAAAGAAUUGAAGAGCAAAUCUCACUGAUGAUACACAGGUAGAUAAAGCAAGUCUAUCAACAUUAAAAAUACUAAAAAAUAAAGACACACACGAAGCAUUCUGGCGACAUCCACCUACUUAUUGCCACUAUGAUUUAGAGUCUAUCCGUGUUCUCAUUAUAACCCCCUAUUUUCAGGGGGUUAAAAAUCAGCUUUAAAAAAAAUGCAUACAAAUCUCAUCUUAAAGCACUUUCAUUUUAUACCAACAUGAAAAGUGCCAUUUUUAGAAUAACUUUAAAGCUUGACAGUUAUCAUUUAAUAUCUUUUUUGUGCUCCUACAUACACAAUGGUUUUGUAUGUUUUUUUCAGCCACACCCCUUACGUGACCUAGUGCCUUUGGGUAUCAUGUAAAAUGUUUCCAAAAGGUUUCUGUUAAAAAGUAUUACUGCAAUUAUGAGAGAAUUUUAAAAUGAUCAAUUAAACUCUUGUAUAAAUUUUGCCCAGAUCUCCCCACAGGAGCUAAGGGUUUAAUAACUUUAUGGCUUAAUAAAUUUAUGGCACUGAAAAGAUUUGAGUGUGAAUCUGCUAAAAAUCAAUGCACAUUUCAGCUGUGAUGGUAUUUGAGUAGUGAGGUUACUUGUAAUCAGAGCAGUGUAAUGCUUACAGAAUCUUCUAGAAGAAGAGAAACAAUGGGAAUAAUAAAAAAAGAUGAGAACUGGUGAUUAUAUAUAUUUUUUGCCAUUUAUUUUAAUGUUCAAAAAGCGAACACUGUUUUGUGUAUCUGACUAUCUCGUUGCUUUAAAUAAUUACCAACUCAGAGUACAUACUUAGGCUCAAAUCUGUCAUUUCAAUUUUUUUUAUUGCUAGAGUGGGUGUGUGCUUGCCAGAGAGGAAACAGAGAGAGAC